AUGAAAGGAUUAAAUAGAAGCGCCUUCAGAAACAUGAUACUUUUAAAGGAACUGUAAGUUUCUCGUAAAAACAAAGUCAAACAUGGUAACAAUGAUUUCCGUUCGCAGGAUCGCAAUCUAUUGGCAUCCGUCUUAUGACUCAUGCUGUACAAUGAUAAGGAAACAGAUCUAGAUAAACGAAGAGAACUGAUAACUUUUUGAAAUCAGUCAAAUAAUAAAAGUUAGGAAAGGUUCAAAUUCUGAUUACACUCAAACGACCCUUUUUGUCAAAAAUAUAUCUCCGAAAAAGGUUUAUCAACAUAUCCUCUGAUGUAAAUCAUCGCAGUUGAUAACUUGUAGAACCGAGGUAAAUUAAAUAUGAAUUCUUUAGAUUGCAUCAGGUUGAGAAACCAUUAUCGGUUUGUCCUUCUAAAAUUCUGUUUAUCAUAGAGCCCGUUGCAUUCCACUCGGUAAGUGCGCCAUGAUCUCGAGCCAGGCAUUUUCCAGUUCGGUCCUCUCACUCGUUGCAUAAGUUCAUAGAACUUGGUCGUAUUGCAUUGCAUCGAAUGGCAUUGCAUUUUGUUGUGAUUUAUUGUCAGUUACAUAUGUAAUUAUUUUUCCUGUUGCUUUUCACACGAUGCAGUUAUUAGAAAUAACUGUGUUUCAGUUUUUAUUCUCUUAUCGCUCGUGCACCAAUUUAACCUAUAGACUAAUAAUUUUGUAAGCUUUUCAAUAAAACUAAGUAGAUGUCUCUUCUUCAACACAGAUGGUUGCAAGACAACAAUUUCACUGAAUUGCCUCCCGAAUUAUUCAAAGAUCUAAAAGGCCUAAAUGAGCUGUAAGUUACAUGGAGACGCUCUUUAGCUAUUUAGCUUUAUGACUUUGGUUAAGGGAUGAUUUUUAGCUUUCAAUGUCAUCUCCUUCCACAACAGGCCUGCUCGUGUAAUUAUAUAGACAAUAAUAUGCUGGUCACCAUAUUAUCGCGUCACUAAUUAUACGAGAUUGGACGAGAUAUUUCCAUUUUCAAACUUUUCUGAUAUUACCCUCAGCACAAAAAAUUAAAAAAAAGAAAAAAAAACCAAUUGAACCAUCCUAAACUGUUCCCUCACUUUUGUUCUGAUAAUCAGAAUAGGAGAUUUUCAGUCAUACAGCAACGAAAUCGAUGCGUGCCAUAAAAUGUGUGGUCAUUACAUAAUUUUCUGUUGUGAACUAGUUAGAUGUCUUCAUAAGACACGGGCUGGAUGAUUUCUAUACUGAAUAAUUCACUGGAAUAGUAGGGAUAAUCAGCUCCUGCCAACCUUAGAUAGCAGUGUUUAGUGUGCGAUCAAAUUUCAAGUUGUCAACCGGUUGUUCCUUUUCUGUAGAAAUAGCGAAAUAGCUAAGACGAUUGCACUGCAUUAACUGUUCCUUUCUCUUUAUGAGAUUAUGCACAUUGCUUGUACACGAUUAAAUUCAGCUCUUUCAUUAUUCUUGGUGACCAGCGUCUGUAUACCUUUUUUUUCUACGAAUUUCAAAUAACAGGGUAAAUUAAGACGCACCUUCUUGUCUUGUCAUUCCUAUCAGCUAUCUGUCAAAUAACAAAUUGAAGACUCUACCAGAUGGAAUUUUUAACAGCCUCUCCAACCUCACAUAUCUGUGAGUACAAUAAUCAUUUAACAAAAGUAAAAAUUCGAAAAGAGGUCAUUGAAUUUUUACAAAAAGGCACAUUUCUCAAAGCUGCGUGGCCACAUUCAGUUAACAGAAACACGUAAGGUAACACUGAAAGGUCUGACGUGGGUAUCAGUCGAAAUUUGCAACACAGUUUUGGUGAUAAAAAUGAAUAAGUUGCCAGAUGAAACUACGCUGAAGGAAGUCACUGAUUAUAAGGAGAGCAAAAGAAAAGAAGACCCACAACCCCAGGAUCAUUCUCCUCCAUAAGGAUUAGCAAUAAACUCUAGGGAUUUUGCUUUUUGUCUCCGUGUCAUGAAAAUUUCACAGUCAAUUUUUGUAAAACUGUUUAGGUGAAUUUUAGAAUGCUAUGUUAUGUAGAUGUGCUUUGGUGAGUAAAGUUGACGUACUUGGAGGUUUGAAAAUCAAUGAAAACCUUAUUCGUGAUUUGCUUCUGUUUGAUAGCAACUUAGCAACUCAAAAUUUUGUCCGGGUAAAACACCUGCUUUUAGCACAGCAUGAUAAACCAGUAAACCAAGGCUGCAACAACAGUAAUAAAUGUAAUCUCAAUAAAAACAAUGACAAUAAAAAUAAUAUUAAUAAAAAUAAAAUGAUUAAUUAGUGUUGAUCAUUUUCAAGUUGGGUAUUGUUCAACUACUGCACGCGAGGUAGCAACAUUAUGAUACAUUCCGCGUUUUUGUAUUCCUUUUUUUCGUCGUCGUGAGAGUAUUAAGUAUAAAUAGUAUAUUUAGUAUUUAGUAUAUUAUAAUCAAUUUUUCUAUUUUGUAUGAAAAAAGCUUUCUGCAUGAUAUUUUUUCCCAGAAAAUAUUCACGGAUUAUCUUCUGCUCUUUUGUUCCGCACUAUAUCGUUUCUUGAUAGUGUCAUAACCAGCGUUUUGUUGCCGGAUUUUGAAAAAAUUAACCAUCUAUAAUGUUCCUCCAGAUAGCUAAGGAACUCAAAAUAAAUACAUUAAACUGGAAACUACUGCGGAGGCAAACAUUAUUUUAUGAACAGUUGUUCUUCAAAAAGCAGGCAAUAUUUUUUAUUCUAUGAAUCAGUAUUGGUAAUUUCAUGAUAAUAGAUUCGUAACUACAGUUAUUAUUACAUUCUAGGGAUUUGUCAAAUAAUGAACUUGGAAAUCUACCGCCAUACAUCUUUAAAAACAUUACAGCUGUGAGAUUUCUGUAAGUGAGAUUCUCUUUGAGUUAAGAUAAAUAAAAAAAGCUGUCUCUAAGAGUUACCUUGCAAUAACAGCAAUAAGUGAGUAAAUCGGCUUCCUAGUCUAUAGCAAUUUACAUUUCUUAUUUAAUUUAAGCUGCUAAAUUGUUUUUGUCUUGCAAUUAUAUUUUGCGAUAGAGGCUUAUAAUUUGUUGACUUAGAUACUAAAGCAACCUAAAUAAUUUUUCUAAAACGGGCAAUAGCUUACUUACGAUUUUUCAAACUCAGCUUUAAACAACAGACCUGAAGCAGAGGUUUCUGGUAAUAAAAUCUAAAGUUUCUCUAGCCUGAGAGCAUAAAAGUUUCAUGUGGGUCUAAGGUUUUCUUUUUUUCUGUGAUAUUCAAAUAUCAAACCCGGGAGCUAAUUGUACUUCAGUAAAUUCAGAAGAUAAUUAAGACAAAAGUAGAUUUAAAGAUAUCCCUUCAUGUGUGUAUUUCAGUCUAACAUCUGCACCGCGCUUUUUCAGGAAAAUGGAAUACAACAAAAUUGAGAGGCUUCAUGAAGAUCAAUUCCAGGGCUUAGUGGAGUUGUUCGAGUUGUGAGUACAUUUAGACUUAAACGUUAAUUUUUUCAUCAUGGUCUGUUGCAAUCUAAAGCAUAUUUUAGAACCAGCCCAUUCAUAUGAAUUUAAAAAAACUAAUAAAAUGAAUAAAAGUUGGCAAGAAAAUGUUUACAAACUAACUAUAUUUAAAUGGAGAGAGGUGAUACCCGAAGAAGUGCAUGACAAUCAUAUAUUACCAAGGUUUUUUAUUUUCACGUUUAAGCGAUAAACGGCUCAAGUGCAUUAAUGAGAUUUCUGUUCAUAUUCGUCCUUCAGAUUAUAGAGCCGCAAUGAUCAAGUUAGCUUGAAAGGAAAAGAGUUUCUAAGGGAAUUAACUUGCACAGAUAUUAGUUGGAAUAGAAAAUCAGGAGCCAUAAUAGGGAACACCUCCUUAGUAAAUAUAGUUAGUAUCCUCUAUUAGCACUAGCCUCUAUAAUAAAUGGAUCACAAUCUUUGUCACCAGGUCUAUAUAAUUGUGGUAUAAUUUUGAUAUCAGUUUUGCUGUUUAAAUUAGAUGUGCCACACCUAGUUAUUCUAUGUUACUUGUAUAUUAAUUUAAAUUCCCCCUUACCUGUUUAAGACAUCUCUCGGAGAACAGAAUCGAGGCUUUGCCUGACAAGAUAUUUGAGGGAGUUAAGAACCUCAAGGGCCUGUGAGUACAGCUGAUAACAUACGAAACAAUUUUUAAAAUUUUUUAGAAGAUGGAAAUGUACAUAACAGAAAGACUCAUAAUAUGGAAUUCUUAUUUGAAAAUGUUAACAUGAUCUCCAACAGGCGUGGUGUAAAUUGUAAUGCUCAACAACUUCAUUUUAUUACUAGCUAUUUUCUCAACGUAAAAAUGUGGCUUGCUAUAAACAUGGUUUUAUCGAGCAAAGGUAGAUAUUAUCAAAAAAGCAAACAAACAUAGUUGAGAACUAUGAUAGUUCCGACGGCAACUUCAGGUGAAAUUUUAAGAAUCAGACAAUGCAAGACCCUGUUUACCAUCUGCUAAUUAAUAGUUAUGUUAUUAAUGUUUGCAGAAAUAUCGUAGGCAAUAAAAUACAAAAUGUCACCAGCACGACUUUCAGUAAUGCCCGGGAACUGCGAUUUUUGUAAGUUCACUGUAAAUGGCAGUUUUUUAUCACAGUACUUACAAUAACGCCGCAUGUAUUGCAAUCGGAUAAGAUGCAGGUGUGAAGUUAAUUUAGUGUGUUAUAAUUAAUUGGGUAUAAUUUUAAUUUUGUUAAAGUCAAAGAAAAGACUUGCAACUAGUUAUUUGAGAAAAUGAGAUAUGCAAUUUAUUAUAAUCUGACUUAAUUUUCACCUUCUAUUUUAAACUUUCAGGUUCAUGCACUACAACCUGAUGGCUGAGCUCCCCAAAGGCUUUUUUGGGCUUUUGCCGCACAUUAUCAGAGUGUAAUACUCCAUUAUAAUAAUUUAACACGAUGGCUUGAAAGGAGAUUUGGAGCGGAUGUUGUCUGAAUUACCUUUGGAAAUAGAAAUUAUUGUCAAAUUGUGAUAUGGGUGAUGCAAUCAUUUUAAUGAUUUUGUUUCCUUCAGUCUAUUGUGGUUCAGUUGAUCAAUAAAUUUUCAUUCACGUUAACAUCUUCUAUAAAUUCCAAUCCUGAAAUGAUAUGAAGCCUUAUUUAGAUUUUUAAAUAAAAUUGCCUAAGGCAUGCUUCCGAGUGACUUUCUAAUUGCUAUUAAUUUAUGAAAAAAUGUUAUCAAUUAUCUUUGCCUCAGCAUAGAUCACUAUUUUCUUGCCGAUCGUUUUGGAUAAUCAUAAUUUUGCUCUCAUUGUUCUAACGAUGAACCCUUUCUAAUUUCCUCUUUUUUUCUAAUUCCAGAACUCUGGACACCAACCUGAUGUGCUGCCACCUUGAUCUUUUCAGGCAGGAUGCCGAUUGCGAAUUUGCCUUCAAUGAUAACUUCGCAAGUUGUCACUCCAUGUUCCAUAACCUUGCUCCAAGGAGAAGUCUUUGGGUUGUCGGCCUUCUUUCGUUGUUUGGGUCUGUGUUUGUAGUUGGGUGGCAGUAUUUCUUUCCUGAUAACAAUAUGGUCCAGUCUAUUAUGUUGGUAAAUCUGGGUAUUUCAGACGGCAUCAUGGGUAUUUACCUCAUCAUUAUAGGUAUAAAGACCUGCAAUGGUCAGGGGAAUACUACCUGCACGACUAUGAGUGGCGCACCG